AUGCCGGCGCGGGGCGGGCGCAGCCAAUGGGAGGGCGCGGUGGGCGGGGCCGAGGCGAGCGGCGGGAGCAGCGGCGCGAUGAGCGCGGAGGGGCCGCGGGAGCUGCGCCGUGAGCGGGGACCGGGGGGAGGGAAACGGGGGGAUAAUGGGCAUAAACGGGGAGAUGGAGGGCAGCGGCAGUGCUUGCGGAUCGGAGCUGCAGAAAUCCAAGGAGAAGUCCCUGCUCUCCGGGAAUGUCGCGACGCGCCGCCGCCUGCAACCGCCUCGGGGAGCUCUUGGCCGCCCAGGGGCGCUACGAGGAGGCUCUGGAGGAGCACAGGGAGGAGCUUGAGGCUGCUGGAGGGCCGGCGAUCCUUGGGAUGCGCCGUGGGCCCACCGGAAAAUCGGGAGCGCCUGGCGGAGCUGGAGAGAUACGAGGCUGCCCUCAAGCACCAGCGGCAGCACCUGGCCCUGGCCCAGGAUUUGGGGGAUCACACGGAGCAGCAGCGCGCCUGGGCCACCAUCGGCCGCACCUUCAUGUUCAUGGCCGAGAGCGGGGGGACCCAGCCCGGGGGGUCCCAGCCCGGGGGGGCCCAGCCCGGGGGGUCCCAGCCCGGGGGGACCCAGCCCGGGGGGACCCAGGAAGGGGGGGCUGCGCUCAGAGAGGCCGAGGGAGCUUUCAGGACCAGCCUGGCCAUCGUGGAGGAGAAGCUGGAAGGCUCGGUGUCCCGGCGGGAGCUGGCGGAGAUGCGGACACGGCUCUACCUCAACCUGGGGCUGGUGCACGACGCGCUGCGGGACCCCCGGCAGUGCCACCACUUCAUCCGCAAGAGCAUCUUCCUGGCCGAGCAGGCCCAGCUGCAGGAGGAUCUUUUCCGCGGUCACUUCAACCUGGGCCACAUCUCCCUGCGUGCCGGGGAUCAUUCCGGGGCUCUCCGGAGCCUCUCCCGGGCUCGGGAAUGCGCCCGGAUCCUGCGGGACAGGGGGCUGGAGAGCGAGUGCUGCAGCAGCACUGCCCAGGUGCUGCUGUCCCUGGGGGAUUUCGGGGCUGCCAAGCGUGCCCUUCGCCAGGCCCACGCUCUGGGCUCCCAGGGCUCCGUCCCCCCCCGGCAGCUCCAGCUCAUCCGGGACCACCUCAGAUACGCCACGCGGGUGACGCGGCUGUCGCUGUCCCUGUCGCGGGUGGCCCCGGGUGACCCGUCAGGGGUGUCCCUGUGUGAGCAGCUCGGGGACACCUUCGCCCGCCACGGGGACUUCCCACGGGCCCUGCAGCACUACCAGAGACAGCUGAGCCUGGCCCAGGCGCAGGGCAGGCCGGGGAAGGAGCUGGCCGUGAUCCACGAGUCGUUGGCCACCACGUUCCGGGAUCUCCGGGACCAUUCCCGGGCCGUCCAGCACUACCGGCUCGAGCUGCAGCUGCACCCCGGGGACCCCCCACAGGAAUGCCGGCUGUGGCUCCAGGUUGCCCAGGCCCUGUCCGAGGGGGGCUGUGUCCCAGCCCAGGUUCUGCCCCCGCUGUGCUCGGCCCUGCAGAGCGCACAGAGCGCCGGGGACGCCCCCCUGCAGAGGCGGGUCCUGCGGCUCCUCCACGCGCAGCAGCUGCAGGGGGGGGACCCCGAGGGGGCUGCCGGGACUCUCACCCAGCUCCAGGCCCUGGGGGGGACCCUGGAGGGGCAGGAGGAGGACGAGGAGGACGAGGAGGAGACCCAGGAGGAGGAGGAGGAGGAGGAGGAAGAGGAGAGUGAGCUGGAGCUGUCUGAGAGCGAGGGGGAGGACGAGGAACUCGAGGGGUACCCCAAGAGCGUCCCCGGGAGGCGCCGCAUCAACAAGUGGAACCGCCGGAACGAGCGGGGCGAGACCCCCCUGCACCGAGCCUGCAUCGAGGGACACCUGCACAGGGCGCGCCUCUACCUCGCUCAGGGUCACCCCGUGAACCCCGGAUUACUGCGGAUGGACCCCCUGCACGAGGCCUGCAACCACGGGCACCUCGAGAUCGUGGAGGCUCUGCUGGACGCGGGGGCCGCCCUGGACGACGCGGGGGGCUCGGGCUGCGAGGGCAUCACCCCCCUGCACGACGCGCUGAGCUGCGGCCACUUCGCGGUGGCCGAGCUGCUGAUCCGCCGCGGGGCCUCCGUGCGCGCCCGCAACGCCAGGGGCCAGACCCCGCUGGGCACGCUGCAGGAGUGGGCGCGCACCUACGGCCCCGAGCUGGACCGCGACACGCGGCUGCAGUGCCGAGCCACGCAGAGGAUGCUGCUCGACGCCAUGGCUGCUCCAGGUGGGGUGAAACGGCAUUCCCGGCACCCAGGGGGUGGUGGGACCCCUCCUCCUGGUGAGACCCCUCCUCCUGGUGGGACCCCUCCUCCUGGUGAGACCCCUCCUCCUGGUGAGACCCCUCCUCCUGGUGAGACCCCUCCUACCGGUGAGACCCCUCCUCCUGAGCCGUCGCAGGAGUCGCUGUUCGACGCGGAGCUCUCCGAGUGCCUCAUCCCGGAGUCUCCGCCGUCCCCUCCGGAGCGUCCCGGGAAUGGGGAUGGGAAUGGGGAUGUCCCUUCCUCGCCCUCCUCUCCCUCCUCUCCCUCCUCUCCGGGGAGGAAGCGCCGCUGCCUUCCGGAGGCCGGGAACCAGCAGGAGCAAGGGGAGGACCUGGGGGAUGAGUUGGGAGCCGCCAUCCGCAGCUUGGGCAGCGCCAAAUCCAUCCUGGCCGGCACCAAAUCCAUCCUGGGCGGCACCAAAUCCAUCCUGGCCGGAGCCAACCCCGCCCUCGGGAGCUCCAAACCCGCCCCGCGGGCGGUGCCGCUCCCGGCCCUCAUCCCCGCCCAGGAAUUCCUGGAGCAGGAGGAUUGGCUGGAGGACGACCUGGGAGGGGCCCGGGGGACCCGCAAGAGGCCGCGCCGGGAGCCCCGGGAUGGUCCUGGGAUCAGGAGGAGGAACCGGGAUGGGCCUGGGAGCGGCGGGAUCAGGAGGAGGAACCGGGAUGGUCCUGGGAGCGGCGGGAUCAGGAGGAGGAACCGGGAUGUGCGGAGGCUCCGAGGGGAGAGGAUCCCCAGGGUCCCCCCGGGGCGAUCCCGGCCCCCUGAGGAGCCCGGGAGUGACCUGGGGCAGGAGGGGGAGGGCGAGGGGAGCAUCCCGGAUCCAGGGGUGGCCCCGGAUCCAGCGGUGCCUCCGGAUCCAGCGGUGCCCCCGAGUCCAGCGGUGCCACCGGCGCCACUGCCCACCCUGCGCGUCCGUGUCCGUGUCCAGGACAACGUUUUCCUGAUCCCGGUGCCCCUGAGCGAGCCGCGGGCGGUGUCGUGGCUGGCGGAUCGCGCUGCCGAGCGGCACUUCCAGGCCUCGGGGACGCUGCCCAAGCUCAUCCUGAAGAAGGAGGGGGCUCUGCUGGCCCCCCAGGACCUGGUGGGCGACGUCCUGCAGAGCAACGAGGAGGUGCUGGCAGAGGUGCAGGGCUGGGACCUGCCCCCGCUCCCCCAGCGGUACCAGAGGGCCUGUGAGAGCCUGGGAGUGGGUGAGGACCCCCCAGACCCUCCCCAAAGAGAGGGGGGACACCCCCUGUCCCCUCCCUGUCCCCUCCCUGUCCCCUGCCCACCCCUCUGGGGACCCUCAUCCCCUCCCUCCUCCCACCCGCUGCUGCUGCAGGUCCUGCCCCUGCUGCGGGCGCUGCGGCUGCAGGAGUCACUGCGGGAGCUGCGGCUUCGCGGCUGCGCCAUCGCCGACCCCGCCGCCCCCGAGCUCUGGGCCACGCUGGCCACCCUGCCCCGCCUGCGCCUGCUCGACCUGGCCGGCAACCGGCUCAGCGCACGGGGCAUCCUCCCGCCUGGGCACGGCACCUUCCAGAGCCUGCAGGAGCUGGACCUGAGCCUGAACCCUCUGGGCAGCAGCGGCUGUGGGGCCGUGGGGCGGCUGCUGCCGUCCUGCCCCGCGCUGGCCACGCUGCUGCUGCGGGGCUGCGGCCUCUGCCACACCCUCCCGCUGCCAGGCACGUCCCCGCUGCGGGCGCUGUCCCUGUCCUGCAAUGCGCUGGGCCCUGCAGACGGCUGUGCCCUGAGUCACCUCACGCUCUCCGGGAACCACCUGGGGGACGAGGACAUUGAGGAGGUGGCCAGGUCCCUCCCGUCCUGCCCGUCCCUGGUUUCCCUGGAUCUCUCGGCCAAUCCCGGGAUCAGCACCGAGGGCCUGCGGACGCUGCUCGGGGCCCUGGAAAAGCGGAGCCGGGGGCUGGAAUUCCUCAGCUUGGCAGGCUGCUCCGUGGGGCCCCUGGACGAGCCCACCUGGACGAGGAGCACGGGGAUGAUCCGGGAUCUGCGGCUCUGCGGGCGCCGCGUCCGGAGCGACCAGAGGCUCUUCUGGAAGGGCCCCUGAGGGCACUGGGAGGGACUGGUUUUAACUGGGGGAUCCCCAUUGGACCCAGCCCCGGCAGGAUCAUUACACCCCCUUAUUUAUCCUUA